AUGCACACGGCAAGAGGAACGCCUGGGUGGUAGGAGGAGGCACCGAGCACACCACGUUUCGGCGUUGCUUCCUGCAUCUCACCACUUUCACAAAAGAGUUAGUUACGACUCGUCGCAUUUCAUUUCAUUGAGUCUAUAUAUAUGUACCAAAAUUUACAAAUGUAAGGAACCAAAUUUGACCAAAUUCAUAUACUUCAAAUUCAAACCAAACAUAACAAUUCAAAUGGCUUCUACUUUGAAUCUCUCUUCGUGUUCUUCCUCACCUCUCCUCUCUUGUCCAAGGCCAUCCAAUCACUUCAAAUUGUUCAAUGAUUUCCCUCUUGUCAAACUGAAUUAUAAAUCUUCCUCAACUCACAGUGCUGCGUUUAGAGUUAAAUCUGCAUUGGCAUCUGGAGGGGGUGACCUACUUUCGUAUCCCAAAAACACCAAUGAUAUUAUCAUUGGCAAAGAUCUCGUUGUUGGUACUCAAUCUAUUCUAGUCCAGGAACAAUCUAAUGGAACCCCGACAUCAGACUCAGGGAUACCAAGCACUUUUUUCUCUGCUGACUACAAUGACUAUGAUUUGGACAUCCCAGCUGAAGGUUUUUCUUCAAUCCCUGAGGCCAUCGAAGAUAUUCGCCAAGGAAAGAUGGUAGUGGUUGUAGACGAUGAAGAUAGAGAAAACGAAGGAGACUUGAUAAUGGCAGCAGAAUUGGCAACACCCGAAGCUAUGGCUUUUAUAGUAAAGCAUGGAACUGGCAUAGUUUGUGUAAGUAUGAAUGAAGAGGAUCUUGAUAGAUUGGAGCUUCCUUUGAUGGUGGACAGUAAGGCUAAUGCUGAUAAACUUCGUACCGCAUUCACUGUGACCGUGGAUGCUAAACAUGGUACCACCACAGGGGUGUCAGCUCAAGAUAGGGCAACUACAGUAUUGGCCCUUGCAUCUAGAGAUUCAACUCCGGCUGAUUUCAACCGACCAGGCCAUAUUUUCCCACUAAAAUACAGGGAUGGUGGUGUCUUGAAGAGAGCUGGACAUACAGAAGCUUCAGCUGAUCUUACCAUACUUGCUGGUUUGGAACCAGUGGCAGUUCUGUGUGAGAUUGUAGAUGAUGACGGUUCCAUGGCUAGAUUACCUAAGCUCCGCGAAUUUGCCAAGCGUGAGAAUUUGAAAAUUGUAUCUAUCGCUGACUUGAUAAGAUAUAGAAGAAAGAGAGAUCAAUUAGUGGAACGUUCUUCUGCUGCAAGAAUACCUACAAUGUGGGGGCCAUUCACAUCAUACUGUUAUAAGUCUCUGUUAGACGGGAUUGAGCAUAUUGCAAUGGUUAAGGGUGACAUCGGAGAUGGAGAAGAUGUUCUUGUGAGGGUACACUCAGAGUGUCUAACUGGAGACAUAUUUGGAUCUGCCAGAUGUGACUGUGGAAAUCAACUUGCACUUGCAAUGGAACAGAUUGAGGCUGCCGGUAGGGGAGUACUUGUAUAUCUACGUGGACAUGAAGGAAGGGGUAUUGGAUUGGGCCACAAGCUCCGUGCUUAUAACUUACAGGAUGAUGGACGCGAUACCGUAGAAGCCAAUGAGGAGUUGGGAUUGCCUGUUGACUCUAGAGAAUAUGGCAUAGGCGCACAGAUACUGAGGGAUCUAGGUGUUCAAUCUAUGAAGUUGAUGACAAACAAUCCAACAAAAUAUGUUGGCCUCAAAGGCUAUGGUUUGACUGUUUCUGGUAGGAUCCCGUUGUUAACUCUUAUCACCUCCGAGAACAAGAGAUAUUUGGAGACCAAACGUACGAAAAUGGGCCAUGUCUAUGGUAUGGAACUUAACAACGGCAAUGGUAAAACCAAUACUGUUGAAGAAUCAAAUGUUGUUGCUGGCUUUUGACCAAGCCUUCUUUUUACCUAUUACCUACAUAUAUCAUACACAGGAAAGAGGAAGUAGAAAUCAACACUACAGAUGAAUCCAAAAAGUGACAAUAAAUUAAUUUUAUUUAUGAACUGAUUUGUGUAAUUCAUUUGCCUGAUUUUCUUCAAGCAGGCACCACUAAAUUACACUUCAUUCUGAAGCUUAUAGUGCUACUCACUAUAGAUAAAGGCCAUUACCAAUACAAAUGUCUAGUUUUCUUGUCUUUCUUUGGUGUCUGUUACAGAGGUUCAUUGUAUUACCUUGCUUAUUGGAAUAUAAUCUACAAAGUUUCUUCAUUAUUUUUGCUACAAUAACUCAUGUCACUGGUCUGUAUAAUACAUAUGAUAGACAGUCAGAUUAUUCAUGUUUC